AUGAGAGGCUUGAAAAAAAAUUGCAGUGUUCUGCAUGUCGUUAACAACGUAGCAUCAAGCUCAUUACAUUCUUUUACAAUGCUUACACUGCGAUAUAUCGUCAACGCCAUUCUCUGCACGGUUGCUGUUGGUGCCCCAACAGUAGUUGAGCAAGAGCAUACUACCAAACGCGGUGUUGCCUUUAAUACAUUUCUCGGCCUGAUCGUCAAGCUCUUCCCCGUCAACACUGUCAUUGACAACACAUGCGGCACCCUCAAUACUGGCCAGCAAAUUCUCGCAACAGUGUUCAACCUCGACACUACACAGUCUAGCAGCAGCUCAUGCAAGGACAUGACUGUCAUCUUUGCCCGCGGCACCUGCGACCCCGGCAACGUCGGUGCUCUCGUCGGUCCACCUUUCUUCAAAGCCAUUCAGGACAAGCUUCCCGGCAAGUCCAUCAACUUCCAAGGCAUCAACUACCCUGCCAGCGUGGAGGGCUAUCUCAGUGCCGACGGAGCCGCCGGACAGACAAUGGCCAAAUUGGUGAGGAGCACAUGGGCUUCAUGCCCAAACACCAAGAUUGUCCUCAGCGGCUACUCGCAGGGCGGCUUUGCUGUCCACAACGCAGCAGAUAGUCUGGGCAAGACCAUGUCGAAGGUGAGCGCUGUUGUCGUCUUCGGGGACCCGCUGUCCCGCAAGCCACUCAGCAACAUCGACGUAAGCAAGGUGCGCAUCGUGUGUCAUGAAGGGGAUGAUAUUUGUGCGCAGGGAGUUUUCAUCUUGCCCCAGCACCUGACGUACGCCAUUGAUGCCGCGUCUUCUGCAGAUUUUAUCGCCGCACGUGUGUAG